UCUAGUUUGCGCACGGAGGGAUGAAGGAGUGCACUACCGAGUUCGCGUGCUCGCGUCCACGGACUUUACCCAGCGGCUAUAUUUAUAUAUUUAUUAAUUGCUUGUUAAAAAACUCUACCAGUGCCGCAUGAGCGUUCCUUCUGAAAUUUUCAUCCCCGUCUGUGGAAAUGAAGCCGGCGGCGGCGCGUCUGGACUCUACACAGCACACUGUCACUCACAAAGUGCAACGGAUGAUGCGUUCCGACUGAAGUGCUUAUUAUACUGAGUUGCCGAUGAUUACCAUCAUUAAUCAGCAGCACUGCCUUGGUGUGGGGUUGGUCGGAUAUCACCAGGGUCUAUCCAUGCUGUUUACCCUCCCUGUAUGGGCAUCGUGGGUUUCAACCAGUGAAGGACACACUGUUUAACAUCAGAACUUAUCCUGUGUGACCCCAUCCCUCAGCAUAGUAUUUAAAAUUCAUCGGGUUUCUCAUCAUGGGCACUGCUUUGUCCCUCUCUCCUGGUCCCCAAAAAUCUGACUACUAUGACGACCGGCCUAACUCCCUCAGCCGGUACCCAAGCUUGAGCAGCCGCUCUUUGACUGCACAGAAGGAGCAAGGGCUCAAAUCAAGAGGACAAUCUAUCUUCCUGCCCGCACUCACCUGGAAACGUCUGGUGGCCUCCACUAAGAAGCGAGGUUCCUCCAAGAAAGGGUUUCCCACCAGCCAAGGAGCCAUUGGAGCUCCGCUUCACAACAACAACCACAUUUAUCCAAAAGACCCUGUCUUACACCUGAAUCGGGAGAAUGUGAAAAAGUCACUGUCAUGUGCAAACCUAUCCAGCUAUGAUGGUCCAGCAGGUCUUGGUUUGGGAAUGGGGUUAAAUUUGGGGUAUGUUAAGCCACAUCAGCUUUCCUCUGUCAAAAAAGUAUCUCACGGGACCUCAUCCCCGAAACGAGUAAUUGUCCAAGCAUCUACAAGUGAACUCCUGCGAUGUUUGGGUGAAUUUCUAUGUGGACGAUGUUAUCGGCUUAAGCUCCUUUCCCCUUCUGAUCCGGUUCUUUGGCUUCGUGCUGUAGAUCGAUCACUUCUACUCCAGGGCUGGCAGGACCAAGCUUUUGUGACUCCAGCAAACGUAGUGUUCAUCUAUAUGUUGUGUCGAGAUGUGGUGGACGGUGAGGUUGUGUCCUCGGAACAUGAACUACAAGCUGUCCUUCUCACCUGCCUUUACCUGUCGUACUCAUACAUGGGCAAUGAGAUCUCUUACCCACUCAAGCCCUUCUUGGUAGAAGCAGCUAAGGAGGCAUUUUGGGACAGAUGCCUGGCCAUCAUUAAUGCCAUGAGUGCCAAGAUGCUGCGCAUCAAUGCGGACCCACAUUACUUCACUCAGGUAUUUGCGGAACUGAAAAGCGAAGGCGGAUGUGGAUUGCAGGAUUAUGGACUGUUGCUGGAUCGGUGAGUGGAGAAGGAGUGGAGCUACUUCACUGAGUCUUCAGUAGUAACAUUUAUGUUCUUCUCCAAGUCCUGUUCUAAAAGAUCAGUGUCUAUUAAUACCUCUGUAAUGUAAAGAUCGGUAGGGUCAAAGUGUGUUGGGCACUUCACCUUGGUUCAACUCUUAUAUUGACCUCAUAGAUUAAAACUUGAUAACAGAAAGUAAACUAUGUUGAAGACUUUUUGUGAAUCCUUCUGCAAUUCAACAAUUAAUCAAAUGGCAUCAGGUCAAUAAAUUGGAAAAAACAUUUUUGCCACAUUCAGUGGAUCCUUUUGCAGUUUUGGGACGCUGCAUUUUUACUGGAGUAAAAAUGAACCUGUUGACCUUUUUACACAGUCCACAAGCCACCUGAGCCCUUCUUAUGUUUAAAUCUCACAUAAUAAACAUAAUGACUGGUUCAUGCCUGAUACUACUUGACCAUUGGGUAGUCCAUCCAAAGUGUUAGGAUUACUGCCCAUAUUCAUAUGAGAAACACUAGUUAGUUCGGCCACCAAUUCCCUUAGCAAAACGUUAGCAGGCCGCAAUGUUUCUUGGGAACAUUUCAGAGUCUAAUUAGGAAUUAAUUAAGAAGUAGCAUACUAUGAUCAUCAGGAGAGUGCUGUAUACAUUUAUCAGCUGUUGAAUGUGCUUUUUCUGUAAGAAAAUCCAAGUGAAAGCACUUUGAGUGUGUGUAUGUGAGAGAAAGGAUACCCAUGAGAUGUCCAUUAGCAAUUUGGUACUGUGUGUCCUUGCUUUUGUUUUAUGUGUCCAGAUUUAGGGUCUUGUGGCAUUAAUAAGAUUAACAGAUUAACCACACACACACACACACACACACCUAGAUACACAGCACUUGUUCUUGCGCUAAUCCAUACCACUUGGUCAGUAUGUUUGUUCCAAGCCUUUCCGUGUCACGCGUCUGUUCUCUCCAGCAGUAACUAGCAAAGGCUGAUGGUCAGCAAAAAUGUGUGUUUGUGUGUAUUUUUAACAGUCCAUGCUUAAGGGAGAAAGGAGGUAUAUUUUAGGUAAUGGGAAUUUGAAGCGAUGAGGUUGGGCAUUUCUAAAAGCUGUCAGGUCACUGUGGUCAUGCACAGCUGCCUAAUCCAGGUGUGUGUCCUGACGGACGGGGCACGGGGGUUUUCGGUGAUGUGGGAAGCUUUUAUCUCUACUCUCCUAAAUACAAAUUUAAAAACAUUUUAACUAUAUAGCCUGUAAUUAAUGUUGUGCUCAAGUCACUUUGCGGUUCAGACUGUUCAGGUUCAGGUCCUGUUUACCUAAAAUUUGCUUAGCAAGGAAAGCAUAGGAAUUGAAAUUGCUAUAAAACGAGGUGACAGGUGUCCGAAAGCUUCUUUAUGGACUUCUUUUUUAUGGAUUUUUUUUAUUCCAUUCUAUUAAUUUUUGUAAAAUUGGCACAUGGCUAAACUACAUAAUAUAAGUGAUGGGUGAGAUCAUGAAUUUGAGAGGGCAGCACGUGGCUUUGCGGUUAACAGUUAAUCUGAUUGUCCUUUAUUGCAGUGCCACGCCACGGGAGGCGUUGUCCUCCAAACUGCAUUAAAAAAAUUAUAAUAAAAACUCAAAGCUUUUCACUUAUGCAGGCAUUUUAGAUGAGUGCUCACACCAGAACACGUGUACACACACCCACAUACGGACUGAUAAUCUGUUAAUCCAUUUCUACCACAGUCAAGAACAAAAAUGCAGUAAAUAAAUUGCAGUUUCUUCUCCCUCCUGUUCUUCCUGGGUCAUCGGCACAACUGCCCGCUCAAACACAUUUGUUCUUAAUCGGAUGCCUGGCAGUGUGGUUAUGUAACAUUUAUAUGAAGAGCCAGCACUUUUAAUGCAGCAGAUGACUGGAAACAAUGCUUAAACAAUGCUUACUGUAUGACAUUUUAUCAGAUAUCAAUGCAAGAUUUCUAAGACUAAAUCAUGCUUCCUUCCCAACUACAGUAAUUUCCCCAGCUAAUAUUUUUAAUUAGAACUAUCCAGAUAUUAUACACACCUUUAUUGCAAUUGGCCAAUGCUUACAUAAUGUAUUGUAUAAGGUACUUAAAUGUGAACAGUGUAAUGUUUAGCACCUUUAACUGGAUGAUAUGUAUUUGCAGUUAAGCAAUGACAAGCCUCACAAGCCUGACAAUGCCAAGAAAACCUUUUUCUUACAAACUGUAGCUUGAGAGGGAAAAAUCCACAGUGAGUGAGACUUAAAAAUGUGAGAUCUUCAUGCGGCAUCCAAGAUUCAUUUGAUAAAUAAAAAAAAAACAAUUCUUACACAUUUGUAUUUUUAUCAAAUGACAAGAAAAGCAUUUGCUAAAUACAAUUUCACACUGUUUUAUGUAGUGUCUGUAACUUUUUGGAAUUCAAAUCUUUCAGUGAUCUUAAUUGUCAUUUAGAUAAAACUUGGCCAGUUUAGAUUUAAACCUAAAAAGUGUAUUAUUCUAAAAUGCUAACAUAUUGGAAAAUGAAUUUGACAUGGUUAUGGACACGACAGAUUUUUUGCUUUUUAAGUUCAAAAACUGAUUUUAAGCAACUUGGAAUUUUUCGGAAAGCCAGAUUGGUCACGUCCAUGUUGCAUAAAACCUUUUUAUAUGUAUAAUCCCCCCAAAAAUUUCAAUUAGCACCAACACUUUGUUUUGGCCAUUUAUUCUCUCCAGUCCAUCUCCUCAUCUGUACAUUCUGCACAAACAGAUCAGCUUUUAAAGCUUUAGCUUUCAUAAUUAAACUCCUAUCACGCUCAUCAUCUUGUAGAUCUCUAUUCAAGCCAAAAAAAAAAAAAACACAACAACAACCAACAAAUCAACGCAUUUGCUAAACACAGCACAAAGAUUUUAGUAUUAGUACUUUAUAUUUCACAUGUUAGGGGUUCAGGGGGUAUAAAGCAGAGCUAAUAAACUACAGGUUUAACUCUUGUGUAAAGCCUGAGGCCAUGUCCUAGCUCAGAGACCCAAUAUAGCCUACUGUACAUUAUUUUUGGUCAGACAAAAGAAUAAAGGAAGAAGAGAGACAGAGGGUGAAAGGAUUCAACAGUCAGGAAUAGACUGUGUGAUGACUCGUAUAUUUUAUACAAUACAGCUUAGAAUACAGUUGUAUACUACAAUACAAUUAUGUUAAUAGCAUGCAUCUGUAACCUCAGGUGUUCCGCUAUCACACUGCUGUGCUCGAUCCAUCAUGUCUUUCCCCAAACACAUAAUGUUUGUCUUUGGCCAGCCAAAAGCGUCUCAAAAUCAGCCUCAUUGUGCAGAGAGAGGACAGACAGGGUGGUGUUCGGGCUUAGGCUGCUAUGUGAAGGCCCUCUAUAAGCGUUGUGUAGGGCUUUGUCAGGGCAUGCUGAAUGUGCAAUGACUUCUGCUUUCACUUGGAUUCUCAUAUCUGGUUAGCAUUACCUCCUGGUCUGGAGUUUAUCUUUGCCUUAAAAAUGUUUAUUGCUUCCCGGUAUCUAUUCCAUACAGCAGCUCUGUAGACGUUUAGGUAUUUAGAUUAGCUGUGUAUACAGCACGUCUGAGUGUCUAGACUACUGGAUAAAAUGUUAGAAGCCGAUGUCUGCUUAUGGUUUGUCAUGGGAACAUCAAACAUCUGGUUCUUGUUUAUGAGCCAUUUCCUUUAUACCCAUAGCAGAAUCGUGAUGAUCACACAACUGGAUCAACAAUCAUCAUUUAUGGGAUUAAAUCGGUCCAAUCAUGCGUCCUUGUGGGAUGCCUAUCACACCUUAAUCCUAUCUAUUAAAAGUUUGCUUGAAAAUACUACCAGAACCUGCAUAAUUUCUAAAGACACCCAACAGAAUGGAUUCAAAGACUACUUAAGGGUCAAAGGCAGGACAGAGUACAUCUUUGAAUUGACAGACUCAAGGACAUUUUGCUUCCUGCAACAGUUGUUGUUUAAGCACAAGUAUGUCUUGCCUCAUCGACAGACUCAGGAUUUAUGUUGCAUUAAGGUCGAUUACGCACUGCAAGGUGCCAUUACUCCAUGAGUUGUGGUUACAUCAAUGUUUUCUUUGCUGCUAUGUAUUUAUGUGCGUAAAUCAGUAAGUAGAAAUAAAUAGGCUACUGUGUAGAACAUCUGUCCAUACAGACUAGUAGAAAUGAAAUGUAAAUAUGUUACUAUGUAGCAAAAGAAAUGUACACAGAAUAUGAAUUGUGUAGUGCUACUGUGACGGUGCAGAUGAUGGCUCAAUAGUUCAGUUUCUUUUUUUUUGUGUGUGUGUGUGUGUGUGUGUGUGUGUUCAUCUGUUUUCUUGUUUCUUUCUUUGUUUUUGUUAUUUUUUAUAGUACUGUAUGUUAACUUAAAAUUAUUUUUAUUUCAGUUCUUGGAGAAUUGAAGUCAGCAGUAUUAGUGUUGAUUAUGGAUCAAUGUGUUGAUUAAUAAUAAUGUUGCAAA